AUGGCGCGUUUCAACGCUUUAACUGAGCUCAUCAUUCUCUUCUUCUACUCUCUUUUGUUGAAUGUCUUUGGUGCUGCAGCAGUGGUGGAGGUGAACCUGGCCAAGGCCCUGGCGGAAGCCUCGGAGACGUGCACCCAGGAAUGUCUGAUCCUGGGCCACUCCGACAGCUGCUGGAUGCCCCCGGCCCUGGUGACCCAGUUCCAGUCUCCGUCCAACACCGGUACCCUGCCUACCCUGCCUACGCUGCCCUCCUUUGGCUUCCAGCACCAGCAGAGUUACCCCUGGGCCAGGGGAGCCCAGGAGGACGGACGUCAGUGCCAUACCCUGGGCAGGUCUACGCCCAAAGACCAUCUGGCUAAAGGGAUGAACCGGCCGCAGUUCUACAACACUCUGGAAAGACACUGCAGCAGCAAGAGUAAGGAAUCUGACCCCGUCAAGGUCAUCCCUCUGGCCAGCUUUUCCUCGUCUUCGUCGGGCCAGCAGACCCCGGCCACCGGGGGAUCCUCUGCCUUCUUACAUGAGCAUCAGCUGUAA